CAGAGAGACAAGUCAAUCUGUUGAUAUGUGGCACGUAGUUAUUCUAUGAUUUUGUCCUGCAGUUUUCAGCAGACUCGUGUCUUUCUCAGUAGAUCUCAAUCGUGUAAACCUGUGAUACGAACGGGAGGAAUAUUUUACUGUAUAUGCAUGCAAAAAGAAUCAUGUGGUAUUAUACCCACGAUGACAACAUAGAGCAAAUGUGCUGUUAAAAACUGGGCUGUAAAAUGCUCUAAAGCAAAUAUUGCACAAGCUUCAACCAGGAGGUUAUUGGAAGGUAUAUAUAUGUACUGGCACAGCUAAGAACACCACACCUAACAGCAUUACCGUUUAUCAGCCUUCUUCAUCACUUCUGGUUAUUCUGAUAAUGCGGACUUUGAUCUGUAGCCAGGGCAAGUAUAAGAUCUGCAAGGUGUUCAGGAGAGGAGAUCAGUUGAAGAUGGUGGUGGGAGCAAGGAGAACUGAAUGAGAAGAGACGCCCAGAUACCCACGAUAGCAUAGAACCCACAGAGAACAAGGCGCACAGUUGUCAGCAAACACGGAACAAAAGACAUUAUUGAAACCCAAGAUCACACAAGAUGGGUGCUGUUAUCACAAGGCUGAGGAGGGUGGGCAAAAAAGGACGAAACCCCAAAAACAAAAAGAAGAAAGGAAAAGGUGUGGUGGUGAAGAAAGGAGGUCUAACACCUCAGUCCUCCCGAAGGGGUGCAAAGGCAAGCACAAGGCGGAGAAGGAGUAACGGGACUCAACGCAGUCAAAAAACACAGAGAAAACCUCUGACUGAGGUGUUUGCAAAUACGGAUGAACCAACAUAUGAAAACAUAGUGGAAAGUAACACAAAACAACAUGAAUCUAAUGACUCACAAAGAAACAGAAGAAUGAGCACCAAGAGAAGGAAGAGUACUGGUACUCGGCGUAGCCAGAAAGGGCAUACUGUAGAGAGACGACCGCUCAAUGACAUUUUCCCAAAGGCAGAAGACACAACAGACAGCUGUAAUACAUAUGAUAACAACAUCCAGCAACGUGGCACAAAAUUCCGUGCCUCGCAGAGAAGCGCAAAGGGGAGCAUUAGGAGGAGGAAGAGCAGCAGAAAGCUCAAAAAGCACCUGUUUCCGAGCCCUGCCGUCUUCAGCCAGAUUGAUGCCCAUGCCAUCAAGGCCGGAGAAGAGCUGAGGAGGAAGAGGAUCUUCUCUGUGAAGGCCAUCACUGAGGCAAUCACUGUGGGUGCAGUGACUGACCUGCAAAAGCUAAGGGCGAUUUGGAUCUGGAUAUGUCACAAUAUUGAGUAUGAUGUGAGUGGAUACUUGGGGCAGACAGAGAAGGUGACUUCACCUGAACGGGUCAUCGAGACGGGCCGGGGUAUAUGCUGUGGAUACUCCAGUCUCUGCGUGCAGAUGUGCAGUGAAGUUGGGGUAGAGUGCCGUGAGGUGAGUGGUCACAGCAAAGGUGCCAGCUAUCGGCCAGGUCUUCAUGCCGAAGCCACCAAGUCUGACCAUGCCUGGAAUGUAGUGCGUCUACAGGGGCAUUGGUAUCUGCUGGACUCAUGCUGGGGAGCAGGGAACGUGGACUUCACCAAGAGAGUCUUCAACAAGUGCUACGACGAGUUUUUCUUCCUGACUGACCCGGAGAUGUUCAUAAGUUCCCACUACCCAGAUGACCCUCAAUGGCAGCUUCUUAGGGUGCCUCUCACACUGGAGGAGUUCCAGAAGAGGGUCCAGAAAUCCUCAUGGUUUUUCCAGUUGGGACUGACUCUUCACCAUCCCACACACUUCCUGCUGGUCACAGAGAAUGGUGAGGCCACCAUUUCCAUGACUUUCCCCGAGCCUCUAGAGUUCACCUACCGGUUCUCUCAGCGCAGUGGCUCUAUUCAGAGGGAGCUGAGUACAUCUGCUGCACUCCUCAUAGUCACAACAACUCACAUGAAGCUUCAGCUCCGGCCCCCUACUCAGGGAACAUUCGACAUUGUUGUGUUUGCUCGAACAGCUAACACGUCUGGUUCUCUCCCCGAUGUCUGCAACUUCCUGCUGGAAUGUCCUAAGCCUUCACCUUUAGAUGGGUUCCCUGAGAACCCUUCUAAGUCCUGGGGCAUGGAACCGAAGGCCAAGGACAUGGGGCUCAAGCCGUGUCAGUAUGAGGCUGAGAUCACGCUGGAGUCUGGCACUUUUGAGAUGGUGCUCCAAACCAGCCGGCCUCUGAUGAUGCUGUGCAAACUCGCCCACAAAGACCUGGACGAAGCGCUGGCCAAGAGAUGCGUGGCUACACAAAAUGAAUCUGAUCAGCUCAGCUGUCACGUCCUCUGCCCUUAUAAAGGCUAUUACCGCCUGUCUGUGUUUGUGAAGGACAGCGAGAGCAGUACUGAGACAUAUAAUCCUGCAGGUACCUUUCUACUGCAUUGCACAAGUAGUGCUGUCAUCAACAUCAAUAAACUCUUCCCACCUGACCUGAGCAAUAAUUGUGGGCCUGGUAACUCAACACUCAAAGCUGGUCUCACUAACUUCAGCCACAGCAGGGCUCUAAUAAACACACAACAGGGGCAAUGCAACAUCACUUUUCGCAAUCAGCAUGGCUUGAAACUUCAAGCCAAUCUGUCCAGAGAGGAGCGCCAGCAACCCAAGUACCCCCUUUCCCGCCAUGUGCUCCUCUCCUGCGACGAGAAAGACGCCACCAUCAGUGUCGCCCUGCCAGGAGCGGGGGUCUACAAGCUGAGCCUGUUUGGUGGACCUGCAACCAAAACCACCUUAUCACACAUAUGUGACUAUGUGCUACGGAAUGACUGGGAAGGGUCAUGGCCUCCGUUCCCACUCAGCUAUUCGAUCUGGAAUAGCGGCUGUGUUCUGUUUGAGCCGCGCACAGGCCUGCUGGAGCCCAUGGCCAAGGUGCGUUUCUGUGUGAAGGUGCCCAGGGCGAGGGAAGUGAGCGUAAUAGGACAGAACCACACUGAGCUGAGGCUCAACCAGGAGAGCCAGAUGUGGGAGGGGGAGGUGUUCACAGACACUGUUCCCCAGUUCAAACUUGCCGCCACCUUUCCAGGGGGAGCACCUGGAAGUAUGGACAUCCUCCUCUGCUUUGAUGUCCUGAAGACCCCAAAUGGGAUGAGAUGAGAAGUAAAAACAGUGUCCCAAAUCAGUUUUUUUAAUUAGCCUAAUAAUCAAGGCGCUCUUGUGUUUAUUAUUUCUAUCACAGUGUACUGGUCUAUCACCAACUUAAUAUUUAGGCUGAUUUUGUAGCCUUGGCCUUGUGCUAUUCUCUCUCAUCUACUGGGCUGCGUCAUAGUAUAUACUAAUCAUUUCAAAAUGGCGUAUUGCGCAUAUAUACUAGUGCAGUGUAUUCUGCU